AUGUCGGGUUUGGUCAGGACGUGGUCCUUAUGUGCUAGGUGUUUAGUGGAAGUAGAGGGGCACAUAUACAAAGUAAAUGUGAUAUGCGUACCGCUACAAGAAUUGAACGUGAUCUUGUGGAUGGAUUGGCUCUCUGCCAAUCGCAUUCUUAUAGAUUGCCGACAUAAAAAGUUAUUGUUUCCCAACUCAGUGGAACCUGAGUUGUUAUCGUCUCAAAGGGUUAUGAAGGAGAUAAAAGAUGACGCGCAAUGCUUCAUAAUCUUUACCCAUCUACAGAUGGAGAAGGAGAAAGGGACGUCUGUUAUACCGGUAGUGCAUGAGUUUGAAGAUGUGUUGCUGGAGGAAGUACCAGAGUUGACUCCUAGUAGAGAGGUGGAGUUCUCUAUUGACCAGGUGCUAGGAACCGGUCUGGUGUAA